GUAGUCGGGCUAAACGUGGACUUCCGAUUAUCAAUCGCUUUUCAUUCUCACUUUUGAUACUUGGAAGGAAGGUACCAGGUAGUCUACACGAACCGUAUGGGCUUGUACGGUCUGUGUAAUUACAGCAUUGGCUGGCUUAUAAUGUACUCGUGACGCCUUUCGUGACUCAACUUCGAAAUUUAUUUUGGCGGGGCCCGUGCUGAAGAACUAGCCGUUCCCCCUCUUUCAGGCGCUGGGGUGUCAUUUUCGAAGACUGCUUUUCGUGUCUAUUUUUCAAGAAAGAGGACUGACCAUGGCGACAGCAUCGGGCGAAACAAUCUCAGAGGAAGAGGCACAGAAAGCCAUCCAGCAGGAAGUGGAUGACGAAUUUGAAGACGCGGUCGAAGAAGAGAACGAAGAUGGCGUGGAAGGCCAGUUCAGUGUUUCCAAAGAGGAAUUAGCCAUCAUUCGUGCCGAAUUAGCGUGUGAAUUUCCAGAGGACUACGCUUACCUCAGUGAUGCCUAUGUUCUCUCUGUGGCCUCCAAGCCGUACUCCAAGGACCCCACUGUCCGUCGUCCCUUGGAAUAUUCCAUGGAAAAAUUGACGCAUGUCAUGGAAUGGCGAGUUGAAGCAAGUGCUCCCGACAUGGAGGACUUGGUCGGUUUGGCCAAUGGCCCUGAAACGGCUCCUGAAGCCGUGGAAAACCCGGAAGCGCUGACAAAGGCAAAGGCGUUGGUCACGGCGUUGAAUUCGGGAUCCCUCUAUUGGCAUGGUUUUACCAAGGACGGGCGACCCGUCCUCUGGGUUCGGACUAACCGAAAGCCUUGGUACCCUGACGUCGAUGCUGAGGUCGAUGCCUUGAUCCUUCUGGCCGACGCUGGCAUUCGCUGCAUGCCCAGCACUGUCACAGACUUUGUUUGCGUUUCAGAUUCUUCCUAUCCUCCGCCACCGAAUCCUACGUUCAUGAUCAAGAUGCUGAAAGCUCUUGUGCGUGGCUAUCCUGACCGCUUGAAUUUGCUCAUGAGCGCCCCUGUGUCCAGCAUUGUACAAUUCGUGAUGAACCUGCUCCUGCCUUUGAUGCCUGGCCGCUUGGCAUCCAAGGUCUGCUUGAUGGAUGUAGAGCAAAUGAAAGCCAAGCUUGCGGGCCUGCUGUUGAAUGGGGAAGAAGAUGUUCCAACCUUUUUUGGGGGGCCCUGUAAUCACGACAAAUUCUUCCCCGAGGAGUCGAAAUGUCCAAACCGAGGGCAGGGAACAUUGAAAUUCGACUAUUUUGGAAUGCUUGACCGUCUCAAUAAGCAAAAGGAAGAUUUUGAGAAGAAUCUUGCAGCCGCUGAGAAUGGCGAAGGAGUGGAAGUCGGUCCCUAGAUAUGAGAUUCCAGUUGCGUCAUGCUUCCGGUUCCUUAGCAAAUUUACACUUGGUAUCUUCGUUGCUGCUAUUGAUGUUUUCGAGGAGGCACUCUUGGUGUCCUUACUAUAGUUUGAGGCUACCGGUAUUCGCAAGCGAUGGAUUCGCGCAAUAUCUGGUUGCCGUCGAGUCGAGUCGAAAACUAACGAGAAGCACGUAAAAUGCCCGCUUAAAAUUGAAAUAUGUUUAUAAAAUCUACUGUAGAAGUUCCUCUUUGAC